AGUCGAGCACGCGGCGGCAGCCAACUUCAGUUGUCGCGUGAGCGUGGAGGCGCUGGUGAUGAGCAGUGAAUCUUGUGAGCGCACCGAUAACGACACGGAGUUGCGAAGGGUGGGCACGUGAUGACCUUGAACUCUUCUCGUUCUGCGUCGCUUCCUUGCCACUCACUUCAGGGGCCAGCAUAACGCUGACAGCGGACGCGCGAGGAAGUUCCAAGCAACCCAUUUGCGGUGAGCUCAACGGACGCCUUUGACUCAAAGAUCAUCUAUGAAGAAAACUAGUAGUCGCAUAAGAGCGCGCGAAGGUUUUAAGUACGCUCGGACAGUGUGCGUCACAUCACGGCACAUAGAUCUGAAAAGGAGCACCGUUAUGCUGUUGGUUUGAUGGAAGACCGUCUAUAUAAAGCAGAAAUUUAGAACAGUGGUUGAACCAAUCGAGCUUUCUGCCGAAGUAACAUUGUCGCUGCUAUUGAGCAGAAAAUUCAAAGCUGGCAAGAAAAUUCCAGGAAUUCUAUACUGCUGGCAAUCUGUGGGCAAAGAAAUUGAUUUCACGAUCGCCAAUCUUCAUUACUACUUCGAGCUAAGGCCAGGAUAAGCAAUUUAGUGCAGACGCUGCGAUCUGUCAUUACUGAACAUUCCGUUGCUGAUUCUUUGUAAUUUUUUUGCGAUUGGAAUUUGUGCAUCGUAUUGCGCUACGCUGAAGUUGGACUGACGAUAAUUGUUUCGACUGUGAAUCCACACCUCUGCUGAGAUCGAAAGCAGGACUUCACCAGGAAUCGCUCCAAAGACUCGUCUCAAGAAAAGGAUUCUGUUGGUGCUGAAUGGUUCAUAAAAAAGAGAUCUCACUCAUUUAACACGUCCGCAAGAGGCCAAGUCGAAAGCUUUCAGCAGUUUGAACGGUUGUGACGAGCACUACUACCUAUAUAAGCGCUACUUUCGUUGUCUUUUACGACGAUUCAAAAAAGAAAAAAAAAACAAACAUUGUCCGCCGAUACGUCAACAAGGAGAGAGUGCAAGACGACCAAGCAGCGGCGUGACAAGCCUCGAACAUCAGCCCUUUUGGUUCUCAGCGUCCCAACCAAGCCAUCCGCCAUCUGCUCGAGGUGGUUCGUCAAAAGCCGCGAGUUUAUUUUUUAACUCUGUUUCCAUGAAAAAAGUUUUGCUUGUGAUUGUGCGUGCACGAAAUGAAGCCUCCAACAAUUAGUUGUUUCUUGUGCCUCAAUGACCCUCUACUACGCCACCCAGCACCAAUACGACCCCGUUUGCUGUACCUAAAUCAUUGAAACGAGGAGACCUUCACGAAUGGUGCGUCGAUGAAGGCGUUCAACUACAGGUGCAGUGUAUGCGAGAAGAACGAAAGGAAGCCGCAGUGACCCACCAUUGGCAGACAACGGAAAGUUUACUCUUCAUUCAGUGGACUCGUUUGGGAUGCUGCAUAUCUAAACUUAUCGGAGGCUAGGGAAGAUGCCACUGUGAAAAAAAGAAGAAAAACUGAACGUCCAAUCGUAAUGCAAGUUCCAAAGGAUGAUUCGUGAUGAAAGCGACUAGUGUUUUUUGGAAAUGCUAUUAGGGUUGAAUUAUUGGAAUAUUAUCGCGGAUGUUUAAUUUUCCCCCAACCGUGACGGCUGGUUAACCGAAGCCAAAUAGUUCACUGUUAGUGUGCCAAGCAGUGCGUCUCAAACCUGCAGACUACCAACCAUGUUUGCAAGCGGUGCGCGCAAAGCGUUCGAAACCAUCGGCUACAGAGGGAAGAAGAAAGAAAAAGCCAUCGAUGAUUUGGAGAUGACCGUGGUCCGCUGCAAGCCCGAGACCAUCAGUGCCCUCUGCAAGUCCACGAAGUUCACUAAAGAAGAAAUCAAAAGAAUCUAUCAAGGAUUCAAACAGUCCUGUCCGAGUGGCCUUGUGAGUGAGAACACCUUCAAGGACAUGUACUGCCAGUUCUUCCCACUCGCAGAUACCACACUGUACGCGCACUAUGUCUUCAAGGCUAUGGACAAGGAUAGGGCCGGUUCCAUUAACUUCAAGGAGUUCGUGAUGGGCUUGUCAGUGUUGUCGCGCGGGUCACCGCAAGAAAAGCUUCAGUGGGCCUUCAAUCUGUACGACAUCAACAAGGACGGUGCGGUUACCCGCGACGAAAUCUUCGAAAUCAUCUCGUCCGUGUACAGCCUGCUAGGACACUGCGCGGCGCCACACGCCGACGACCAGUCUGCAAGGGAACAUGCAGCCAGGGUCUUUCAGAAACUGGACCUGAACAAUGACGGCAUCGUUACCUACGACGAAUUCAUCGAAACAUGUUUACUGGACGACGACAUUGUUAAAUCUCUGAACGUCCUGGACACCGUGCUGGACUGAAAGGUGCUUUCUUCAGUGCCGACUGCCAGUUGCUGACAUCUGGGCUCCACCAUGGAAAAUGGGUGUCAGCAGUUGUGCGGAUUACUUCCACAUAUUUUGCUCCAUCCUCAGCGCUAUCUUCACCGAGCCAUCGCCUCUCGCUUGCCACUGUCAUAGAGCACGCCACCUCUGAUUCCUCUUCUGUCAAGAACUCUUAGAGCACUGCUAGGCCAAGCUCUUUUUCAUAUGUGAGAUCCUGCAUAGAAUCAAGAGCGCAUGGGACAAGUCCUGCACAUUCGCUAUCCUUACCUGCACAGUUCCUCCUUCCUUCUGGGCACUUUUGUGACAAUCACUCAAGCCAGUGAUUGCCGCUCUUUGUCAUCAUUCUUCAUUGUUGGUAGUACACAUGGCCCCACCGCGCCCGCAUAAAUACCAGUUCACUUUUCUUCAGGAACUACAAAUGCACCUCAUAUCUUGCUACGAAAGCGUUCCGUAGGACUAAGUGGUGCUUUCCGUAGAUCUUCUUGCUAUACUUGCAUUUACUUUUUCAUCAUGUAGACCACUGUGAUGAUAUAAAAAGGUCUCACAUAACCUCAUUAGUAGCACAUCAGUAACAGCUACCACCAAUUACAUUAAGGUACCCACGCACAAGAAGGGAGUCAAACAUUCAGGAACUCAUAUUCUUCGCUCACAAUCUUUGUUGCCACAUUCAAUAUUUCGGAUACUUCACAUAGCAAUCGUAGUUUUCUCUGUUAACGCCAAGUACAGGCAUUAUACGUUACAAUAAUUAAUUUAUUUUAAAUGUUGAUCACUGUGUAACCUACGCGUCGUGGGUCAUCGCUGACAUACUCCUACACAGAUCAGAAUUUUAUCAUUCUGUAAGAGCGCUACGCCAGUUAGUGUAAAUAACUUCAACCUGCUGUGGUUUGCGUACAUUGUUUGUUUCCGCAUUAUACCUUGCGGUCUUCACUUCAGUGCCAGAGCCUUUACGCAGCUGCAUCUCAAGUGCGUUAAAUACACCAGCUGUACUCAAAGGUGUGGGAAGCUAGAAAAAAAAUGUGACUGUUGUUGCUGCCAAAAAUCUGAUUGGUUCGCAAACGAGGUCUUUACAUUGUUCACGUUUACCGAAGAUCCGCAAAUGAGGCAGCGUUUUGUUGAUGACAGAAAAGAAUGAAGUUCUUUCGACCACAAAACGAGCACAACACUCUGUACGUGCAGGGCUAUGGUCAUACCUGACCUGGAUCUCAAUCUUGUCGACCCCAGUCUCUUGGGCGCUCGAACAUCUGUUGUGUUGCAUCUUACCACGUUGCUGAUAAACUGUUACUCAAAUGUAAAUAAAAAUUUUC